AUGAAGCAGCGAGGUGCUUCCUCUUUCCCUUCCUCUUCUGUAGCUUCUCUUUUUCUGCUCUCCGGCCCGGGCUUUAACGGUUCUGUCGCCGUGUUUCAGGCAAGCCUGCGCACACCGGAGCUGACCUGGGAGAGGGUGAGGUCCCAGGUGGACCACGUCAUCUGGCCGGACGGGAAAAGGAUAGUCCUCCUGGCGGAGGGCCGCCUGCUGAACCUGAGCUGCUCCACCGUCCCCACCUUCGUGCUCUCCAUCACCGCCACCACGCAGGCUCUGGCUUUGAUAGAGCUGUACAACGCUCCCGAGGGCCGCUACAAGCAAGACGUCUACUUGCUGCCUAAGAAGAUGGACGAAUAUGUGGCGAGUCUCCACCUCCCGACAUUCGACGCGCACCUGACAGAGCUCACCGACGAGCAAGCCAAGUACCUGGGGCUGAACAAGAACGGGCCCUUCAAACCCAACUACUACAGGUAUUAAAGUUCCUGCCGCCGUGGCCAGAACCAUAAGGAACGAGAACCCAAGUCUUUUCUCAACUACUGUACAGGAUGAAACCGUGCAAGCUUCCUAAGUUAGAGCCGGGCUUGCUCAUGUAGUAGACAGUGUGUUAGGUUAUUUAUUUAUUAAAUUAGAAUACUGUA